AGACGGAUUUAUUUCAACACAAAAUUCAAGAAAAUUUACAUUCACAGUAGCAAUCCCUCCAGGCAAUACUGAAGGACAAGUGUUGCCCGUGACUGCAAAACACUCCGUCUCCAAACGCGUGGGGCAAGGACUAGCAGCUCCACCUCCCUGCUCGGGCGAAGCCGCUGCUCCCACAGACAAAGCUGCAGCACGCAGGGAGAGGAGCGCGGAGCCGCGGCCGCCACGCUCCUCGCUCACCCGAAACGGACGGGCAGCCCGCGACGCCAGCGGCCCCGGGGCGGGCGAGCGCCCCCUGGUGGCGGCGGGGGCUGCUCCUCCAGCCUCGCGCGGGUGGGGGCGAAGCGGCUCCCGAGCAGAGCGGGAGAUCCGCCGGCGGGCCCUGCGCGGCAGAUGGGCGGGGUGGCCGACCCCGGCAGGGUCGGGAAAGGGAUCAGACAGACCGUGGGGCAGCAGAACGAGUAACCGCCGCCAUCCCCCGGGAAACGGGGACUCGGUGAAACACGGAAGGACGCUGAAGCGGGAGAGGGCGGGCAGCUCCGCGGAAAUAUGAGUGCCUGACCAGGGAGAGCAAGCAGAUGACCGGGGCAGGAAAGGACGGCGAGCGCUAGCAAGCCGGGUGUCUCGGUGAAGCCAGCCGCCGCAGGGAAAGCUCGGGGCCGGCCGGGUGUCACCAGCACCGCCUCACAGCCUCUGCGUGGCGGGCGCUGCCGCCGCGGCACCCGCUGCUCCGCGCGCCGCUCUGAGGUGACCGAGCGCGAUCUCCCGCGGUGCGGUGCCGCGCCACCCCUGCGCUGGCCGCGGUUCCUCGCUCACGCCGCCGGGCCAAGCCACGGGCGGCAACUUCCCGGCCGCAGCUCGCUUGGCGAACGCGCCUCUCGCUCAGCCCGGAGGCGGCCAGCCCCGCAGGCCUGCGCGGAGGCGGGGGGAGGGGGGGACGCGGGGGCGGCGCCGCACCGGCAGCGCUGCCCAGAGGGUGCACUGGCGGCCGUUCGCGCAGACGGGCCCGCAGGAGCGGACAGCGCUGCCGGCGCCUAGGCGCCCGCCGCAGCCCCCCACCCGUGCACGGCGAGGCCCGCACCCUCCCAGCAGCGCCCGCCUGAAAACCGCCACAGCACCUUUACCAGCCCACAUGCGGCCAUCGCCCCUUUAAGGCUUUUCCCGACGACAGCGCAACGUGCGGAGGGGCGCGGCCGGGUGGGGCGGGUCUCCUUGGAGGCCCCGCCCCCCGGUAUAAGAACGGCCGUCCGCGCGCGGCGCAGCAGUGGCCGGGCACUGUCGUGGCUCGGCGCAUGCGUGUCGCGUCGGCGGACGCACGGGGACAUGCGGAGCUGCGCGACGCUGUCAGGGGAAUGAAAACUGCAGGAAACCUGUUGAGGACUGGAUUUCUAGGGCCAUAAGACAUAACCUGAGAGCAGUAUAGAAUGUCAACUGCAGGAGUUGCUGCUCAGGAGAUGAGAGUCCCAUUAAAAACUGGAUUUCUUCACACUGGUCAAGGCAUGGGGAGUCUGAAAACCUGCUGGGGUAGCCACACUGGAUUUGAAAAUACUUUCUUUAAUGUGGACCCUAUAGCAAUGGCAUAUAAUUUGAAUCCCUCAACAGAGCAACAUUUACCAUCCAUUGGGCAUUCUUCCAGCCAUGCUUCUACGAAUGACCACAGCUUUGCUGAAAGUUGCAUCCAAGUCCCAUCUCAGAAAUCCAGUUCACCUGUAAGUCCCAAAAAUGAACAGCUGAUAUCAAGAUAUGAAGACCAUCUUGUUCCUGGCUUUAGUAAACUGUCACUAACCAUGGACUGUGUUUCUGAUGAAACACCUCCUCACAUGCCAAUAAAAAGUGGGCAAAUUCAAUUUCUGUCUGCAUCUUCCAAUGACCGUAGCUCCAGGCCACUACCCCCUCUGCCUAUUUCUGAAGACCUUACUCCAGAUGAGGUUGACAGAGAGGUGGAAUUCCUGACUGGUUCAGAUACUGACUUCUUGUUGGAGGAUUAUGAACUUCCUCCUUUUAAAUCCAGUGCUCCAAGCCGGCGGAGCUUUAGGGGCUGUGGACGAAUCAACUAUGCAUACUUUGAUACUCCAACAGGACCAAAACCAGAAGAUGCCAACCCUACACAAAGCCUAAGUGGAUACAUAUCCAGUAUUUAUCCUCCUCCACAGCAGCUGCAUCGACGCUUGCGAAGGUCCCAUUCUGGGCCAGCUGGAUCUCUUAAUAAACCAAUAGUAAGACUAUCUGGACACUUAAACAGGUCUUCUCCAAACUCUGAUGAAGAUAAACCAGAGAUUCCACCAAGGGUUCCCAUACCCCCAAGGGCUCUCAAACCGGAUUACAGAAGGUGGUCAGCAGAAGUUGCUUCUAGUGCAUACAGUGAUGAAGACAGGCCUCCAAAAGUGCCCCCAAGAGAACCUUUGUCACGCAGCAAUUCCCGUACACCAAGUCCCAAAAGCCUGCCAUCGUACCUCAAUGGGGUUAUGCCUCCCACCCAGAGUUUUGCACCUGAUCCUAAGUAUGUCAGCAGCAAAGCUCUACAAAGACAAAAUAGUGAAGGAUCUUCCAACAGGGUCCCUUGCAUUCUUCCAAUUAUUGAAAAUGGUAAGAAAGCCAGUUCAACGCACUACUAUCUGCUGCCUGAAAGGCCUCCAUAUUUGGAUAAGUAUGAGAAAUUCUUCAGAGAAGCAGAAGAAAGUAGCUCUAACACAGAGGUUCAGUCCUGGUCUGGUGACUGCACAGCCACUUCAGCCCCAGCAAAACUGGACACAAAACCUAGAGUGGAUAUAGCUGGUCAUCUGAAACGAAAACACCUGUCUUAUGUGGUUUCUCCGUAGUCUGUGGGACCACAGUCUCAGUUCAGUUGUUCAGGAUGGAGCUGAGAUUUAUCAUGCUACAAGGUUCUUAAGGUUCUCAGAUAAUGAAGUAGGACCAGUUUGUCCUCUGAGAACUGGAAAGUGGAUGGUAAAGUCCUCUUAUGCUGCAUAUCUCUGAUAUGUUUCUUAAGACUGUUUUUUGUCUCUGUAUGUAUAGCUGAAAACCUACACAGGUUCCAUGGAAACAUACAGAGGGACAGUAGUCACAGUCGGCCAGUUAUAUGCUACCUAGAUGAACGUAUUUGGUAGUCACUUUAUCAAAAAAAAGAAAAUAAAUCUAGCUUUGCUUACGAGUCACUUCUAAAGCUGACAGAGCAGAUGAUACAGUACAGUUUUUACAUCAGGCAUUUCCAAAGUUUCUUUCACACAGUAAAUAUGUUGAGAACAGACUCUAUCCUCUUUAACUAGGCUAUACCAACCUGCUAAUAAGGUAACUGCAGGAUCUGAUAUCCACAUCAAGACUUGCCAAGCAUAUUGGAAGUGCGUUUCGGAUGAUUAAUCUAUUUUACAACUUAAUUUGACACUAAUAGACUUUUAAAGUGAGUUAGGUUUUGUGAUUUCUUUCAGUUGCUAGACACACUUGGCUCUGUUUUGCAGUUUUUCCUCGGAGAGACUUGGACCAGCUAUUGCUAAGCCUCUGCUGCUGCUCUUUUCCUGCUGGGUCCGAGAAACACAUGAAAGUGUCUUGAAAGCAGCAGAGGAUAUGAGCAGCUAUACAAUUGCUAUUAGGUAGGCAGUAACAACUAUGUGCUCACUUAGCAUCUGAAAUUCUGACUGUAUUAAAUACAGAAACACAGCACAAGCUGGUCUUGUGUUUUGGUUUCUGUUCAGUAUUUUAAGAGAGGAGGAGGGUAUGAGGAAAAAACACAAUUCCAUUUAUGAACAGUGUCAGUCCCAUCUCUUGCUGCUUCAGAUGCUGCUUCUUGCUGUUUAAUUUUUCCUCAUAGUGCCUCUGCAAUCCACUAAAGUUCACUGAGGUGCCACACUUGUGCAUUAGCAGUUUCUCAUGCUCAUUUUGAUUACAUUUAUCCUCUUACAGAUAAGCACAAGAGAAAGGGUGCUCGUUAACGGAGGUACAGAAGAUGAGUAUGUUCCUCCUAACAGAAAUAAACAAGCUGUUUACAGUUUAAACUGCUGAAUGAGAUGUUUGAGCUAUUUUAAAGCUUACUUUUUAUUUGUUUUAGUACAAACUAAAUGAAGGUGAAAUACAUGCUAUAGAAAUGCACUGAUAUUUCUGCAUCGUGUACAGUAUUGAAUAAAAAAUAAUUCACUUUUUAUUUUGAAUAUUGUCAUGUCUUGAGUUUAAUAAAGUUAUGAAAUACUUAUUUAUGAUACAUUUUGGUUUUUGCUUUAUUGAAUAGUGUUUUCAAUUGUGCAUUUCUGCAUUUACUGGAAAGUUCAAGGUGAAUAAUGUUAAGUAUGCAGCAAAUGUUGAAUUCAGCUUGCAUUUAAUUAAAAUCAAGAUUUCUGCAGAAGUAUUCAGUAACUUAAAUUGCACAGCCUUAAUUUCAAUUUCUCCUUACUACCUGAUAGCAUGGUGUCUUUAGUUUUGUGCUGGCAAUAAAACAUCCUGUAAGAUUAA